AUGGCUGUUUUUGACCGAGGACAAAGGAGGAGGCUGAGGCCAGGAGACGAGAGGAAGGAGGGAUGGGCUGAAACCGGCCAAGAUCGACACCCGCAGCUAGCAGAAGACAUGAGCAUGCCUUCUCUUCCAGAGAUGUUGUUUGGAGACAACAUACUGCGCAUCCAACACACGGACGGCUACGGGAUUGAAUUCAAUGCUGUUGAUGCCCUGAAGAGAGUCAGCAACAUGGAGCAUAGCGUCAAGGUGGCGUGUGCUCAGGAAUGGCAGGAGAGCAGAGCUGAGUCUGAACACUCUAAAGAUGUGAUCCGACCUUAUGACUGGACGUACACCACAGACUACAGAGGGACUCUGACGGGAGAAAGCAUGCAGAUACAGGUGUCUGAGACGGCCGAGCGCAUUGACAUGGAGAAGCUUAAGGCUCGGGAACACAUCAUGUUCUUUGAUGAGGUGCUGCUGUUUGAAGACGAGCUGCACGACCACGGAGUCUCUAUGCUUAGCGUCAAAAUCCGAGUGAUGCCGACCAGCUUCUUCCUGUUGAUGCGUUUCUUCCUGCGAGUGGACGGCGUGCUGAUUAGAAUAAACGAUACUCGACUAUAUCACGAGGCUGGGAAGGAUUACAUGCUGCGAGAGUUCACGACGAGGGAAAGCAAAAUCUCAGAGCUGAAGAACGUUCCGGCUCCACUGUUCACCGAUCCCAACGAGGUGGCCCAGUACUUAACCCUGAAGAUGACCGAGUGUGAGAAGCUGGAACUUCCUGUGCUGCAGACUCACACAGCUGAUCAUAAACUCAUCGAGUGACAGUAUAGUGAAAGAUCCGCACUAACUGUUCUGCAUAGUGACAAACAGAAGUAUUAGUCUCAAACUGUUCCUUUAUCUCACACCAACGCAAAGCCACGGCUGCUCUUACAAUUAUCUGUACAGGAACAACUUUUUUCAUAUAGUUUGCCCUUAAAACUAGAAUCUGCUUCCUGUUUUGUUCAUAUUUGACAUUUCUUAUUAUGAGACCUGCUUUGUAACAUAAAGCAUUGUAGAAUAACUGUUUCUAAUAUUAGUUCAUCGGUACAAAACAAACAAAUCCUGUAUUUUCCAAAUUCAAGAUCAACAGUUUGUGUAAAUAUCCCUGCUGAAGGUGAAGAAGUGUAUUUUCCUUUGUGUCUGAAGCACCUUCAGAUUCAAAUGUCUCCCAUAUGGCCACAUAAAUUUUGUUUGUGUAGUAACUA